AUGCCGAAGAAAAGAAACCACAUCAGGUCCUUCAAGCCAACUCCAGCGGCUUUUCCGGCAGCCUCUUCAUCUGGCGGCUCUGCAGACAAGCCCUCCCGAAGCGUCAACGAGCUCCUAGCAAACCUACGUCGUACCUCGACUGGCCCCUCCGCCGCCGGUGCCGCCGCCUCCCCGCCAGCCCUGCCUGCAACAGCUCCGAGCGUGCCCCCCGCCAUCAGAGAGAUCCUCCAGAUCCCCGAGACGCCAGCCCCUGCUCCCCGACACAUCACUCGCCAGAGAUUCGACGGCCAUGGCAGAAGACUCCCUGCUGGUCCUCCUCCGCCGGGGAGCUGGGUCUCCCGCGGCCCCGCGGAUCCCUCUGCUGAGGCCUCCUCGAGCUCCUCGCGGUUGAGCCAGAGGGGCCUGCAAGAUUCCUGCCUGCCGGGGACCUACCUCCCUUCCCGUGGGAGUAUGAUAGAUAUCGUUUUGCGGAAGCUCGCAUGCGACUGGAGCUUCCACCGAGUCUACAACCAGUAUCAUCUGUACUUUGUGCCCAACCAUCUCAAGUCAGCCCUGAUCCGUUACGUCGGAAUCGCGAGCGAGGACGGCUUGUCCAUCAGUGAUCUCAAGAUCAUUCUGCUGCCGCCGCCGGAUACCUUUGACGAGGAUGAGUUGGAUGAGCUGGCUACUUCAAACCUAGAGGUCAACUAUCUUGAUCUAUCGGGGUCCAUUGGCCGUUCGAUGAGAUUAAAGGAUAUUAGUGACUUGCUGUUUCCCGCGAAGGAGCAGGAACCCGCGUCAGAGCUUCAAGAAUCCUGGGACACAGCCGAGGCGAUCCCCAGCCCUCCUCGGACUUUGCUGCCCAACCUCACCCACCUGUCGCUCGCCUUGCAUCCUCAUCAUGCCUCGUCUGCAUCCUGGAGGCAGCUCAUUGCACUGUCAUCCAAGCUCACGACGCUCACCCACCUGAGCCUUGCGUACUGGCCCGAACCGUGCUUUACGCCCCGGGCUCGGAUGUCGACAGUGGCCACUCCCCAGGGGGGCCAGAUUCCGUACGGGGGCACGAAUCUGUACUCCCAUUCCCUCGAUCACGACUGGAGCGAGGCGUUGCUCGUAUUGCGCAUGUUUAGUAGGAAUCUAUACGCGCUCGAGUUUCUGGACCUCACCGGUUGCUCACCCUGGUUCAAGGCCCUGUGUGCUGAAUCUGGCCACGACUUUGUCAAUUGGGCUGACAGCUGGGGCAAGAUCACUGAGCUUCGGCUCUACACGGGAUGGACCCCUGGUCCGGAUGCCUUGCCCUCUGAGCAAGCGAGCUAUAGGGAAUCUAUCGAGAUGGCCAAGAGUGUGGCGAAACAUGUCCGAACGAUGAGGGCUGGCAAGGGACGGUUUAUUGCUGUAGAGCACGACCAUCUAGACGCAUAG